GGCCGCGGCGCCCGAGACGUCCUCCACAGCCGCCGGAUCACAGAGAUUCUCGAUCUAUCCCCUUCUGAUUUAUCCUCGUCUUAGCUCCAUCUUGUUAUUUCCUGGGCAGGAUCGAGUAGAUCAGCUUCACCAUUGGUAGGUUCCUGCUCAUGGCCGUGCUGGCGAUGCUCUGCUCCCUUGGCUCCGCGCCCGUCCCGAGCGCCGGCAUGGUCUUGCUCGCCACGAUGCUGACCAGCUCUGGGGUCCCGAUGACCAGCAGUUUCGGUCUCGUUGUCGGAAUUGUCUGGAUCGUGGACCGCGGGAUGACCAUGGUCAACAUCACUGGGGACUCGGCCGUAGCGGCCAUCGUCGACAGGAUUCUUGGCGACGCUAUCGAUCUCGAGCACGUGGAUGCAGGAGGAGGGGUAGACCAAGCUGAUCUCGCCUCGGGGUGGCCUGCACAGGAUUCAAUGGAAGGAUCAUGGUUUUAUGCACCUCCUGAGCCUGAGAGCGAAGAGGGUUCUGGUGAUGAGACAUCCUCGUUGACCUCUGACUGAAAUCACACAUCGUAUCAGCAAAAGCGUG